AUGAAAGCUUCAUCCCUCCAGCCCUCGUGUGUUCCUUGGUCGGGCGAUGAAGAGCUUGAAAAUGCUUCUUGUAAAAAGACAUCCAUAGAUGAAAUGCAGAAACAAUCUUUAGCUUUAUCGGGAUUGAGUUUUUCGGAAUUGGAGAGUCAACUCGUUCAAAACAUGCACAGCUCAACAAAAGUUCUUGCUUCUUUGCAACGAUUUGUUCGGAACAAUUUGGAGGUGAAAAGAUCAGCCAAUUACAAAUGCAAAAAAACUGAUAAUCCAGAUAUUAUUUUAGACGUUCUCGAUUUACAUCGGGAUCAUGAGGAAAUUGUUGUACAAUGCUUGAAAACAUUACGAAUACUGGCGAGGAAGGAAAAUAAGGAACAAAAUACUGAGCUUGCAUCUGAAGGAUCUAAUGUUCUUCUUAAUAUAUGUUUCGAAGCAAGAAAUGUCUCCUCCCUAUCAAGUACAAGCUGUGUACCUGCACUCGUUGAUUUGUUGUCGCAACAUGACAAUAAGCAAGUCCUUGUGGCAGCCCUCGGAGCUCUUCACAGUAUUAGUUUUAAGGAUGUAGGAAAGAAAAUGAUCGUUGAAACAAAUGCCAUUGAAAAGUUAUGUCCACUUUUGAAAGAAAAAAACAAGAAGGUAAAAAAGAAAGCCAUCGGAACCAUUCAUAAUUUAUCAUCUGAGCUUUGUGUCGUUCAAAUCAUCAACAAUUUACAACAAAUUCCAUCCAUCAUUGAUUUAUUGGAAGAUACAAAUCCUUCGAUAGCAUCUUCGGCAGCAGGUUGUUUACAAAAUUUGUCACGAGACGAUAGGGCACGAGAUGUUAUUCAGAAGAAUGAAGGGCCUGCUCGAUUGACAAACCUAAUUUUCUCUACUGACAACACCAUGGGACAAGUUAGCUCAAUAGGAGCACUGGUCAAUAUACUGGGCCCUGAUGCUCAACAAGAUGAAAUGAAGAAAAAAGCUCUCAAAAAGAUACUGAGCAUGUGUCUACUUGUCGGCCAAUUGAAAAGUCUUUCUUCUGACGUGGAAAACAUGACAUUAGAAUUUUCUUCACACCUGCAACAUGACGACAUUUCGUAA